AUCGAAACAUUGUUUAGUCACAAAUAUUUAUAAGAAUUAAAUAUAUAUUUUAAUACCUGAUACCUCUGAGUAACUAUAUGUGAUAAAUAAUUAUUUGUAACAUUUUCGAAAAAUAUUAUAGCUAAAUCUAUAUCAAGAUGAUGCGGCUAACAAUAAAACCACAAUACAUAGAUCUAAAGUUCAUGUCUAGAUUUAAAGCGACUGCUUCUACUGAAUUUGCCGUAUACCAUGAUAAAAGUUACCAGUAUCUACAUGAAAGUGAAUUCCCUACUUCUUUAUAUCAACAUUCACUGCCAAGACUUCCAGUGCCAGAAUUAAAUGAAACUAUAGCCAAAUAUUUAAAUGCAGUAAAACCAGUGCUAGAUGAUAAUGCAUAUUCAACAACGGAGAAAAUAUCUAAAAAGUUUCUUGAAAAUGAGGGCAAGCAAUUGCAAGAGUUAUUAAAAGCUUUCGAUAAUAACAACAAAGAUACCAGUUAUAUUUCUGAAAUGUGGUUUCACAUGUACUUAUCAGAUCGCAAGAGAUUGCCGUUGAAUUAUAAUCCUUGCCUUGUUUUUAAGGAUGAGCCUAAGCCAGUAUCACAAUUAAUAAGAGCUACAAAUCUAAUUGUGAGUUCAUUAAGAUUCAGACGAUCAUUACUUGAUAAUGUUCUGUAUCCUGAAGUUUUUUUUAUUGAUCCUAAAGUAAAAGACAAAACAUUAUAUAAACAAUUUAUUAAGUUCUUACCCAAUAGCGUAAAAACUUAUGGAUCUUAUAUUUUUAAAGCGUAUCCGUUAGAUAUAAGCCAGUAUAGUAGAUUGUUUAAUACAACAAGAAUACCUCGUAUUGGAAAGGAUGAAAUAUUUACAAAUAUAAAUUCAAAAUAUAUUAUUGUCUUAAGACAUGGUGUUUUCUACAAAGUAAGAGUCUUGAAAGAAAAUGGUGAUAUUGUUCCACCAAACACAAUUCACGCUUGCAUUCAAUAUAUUUUGAAUAAUACUAAAAAAGAAAACAAUCCAUUAUCUGUGUUCACAUCGAAAGGAAGAGAUGAAUGGGCUAAAUUACGAGAAGUUUUAUUACAAGAAGGCAACAAAGAAAAGCUCGAAAUGGUUGAUAGCGCCCUAUUUACUGUAAGUCUAGAUGAAGAAAAUAUUGAAGACUAUGUGAGUUUAGUAAAAACAUUUCUUUAUGAAAAUGCUCCUAACAGGAAAUAUUUUUGAUGCAGGUGGUUUGAUAAAAGUUUUUCCUUGAUUGUUAAUAAGGAUUCAAAAGCUGCAGUUAAUUUUGAGCACUCUUGGGGUGAUGGUGUGGCUGUUUUACGAUAUUUCCAAGAAAUUUUCAGAGACAGUAUUGAAAAGCCGCAAGUGACUGAUGGAACAGAUAGUCACAAUGUAAAUGUUUCAGAGCAUUUAGAAAAAAUAGAAUUUAAUCUGAAUGAUUUUCUAAAGUCUGAAAUACAAAUUGCUGAUAAGGAACACAAAGAUAUAAGUGAUUCUGUUGAUGUUAAUGUUGUUGAAUAUCGUGCAUUUGGCCGUAAACUAUGCAAAAAGCAUGGAAUCAGCCCUGAUUUUGUUAUGCAGCUUGCAUUUCAACUUGCUUAUUAUAAACAAACAAAACAGUUUGAAUCAGUAUAUGAAUCUUGCAGUACUGCUGCUUUUAAACACGGAAGAACAGAAACUAUGCGUCCUCUGACUUCUAAUACAAAGGAGUUGUGCAUAGCUUUAGCAAAUAAAGAAAAAACUAACAAAACAGAUUCAGAUAUAUACACAAUGAUGAAGAAUUGUUCAAAUAACCACAUGGAACUAACUAAAAAUGCUGCCAUGGGAAAAGGCUUUGAUAGACAUCUUUUUGCAUUAAAAAAUAUGGCGGAAAAGAACAAUUUAACACUACCAGAGUUAUUUACUGAUGAAGCUUACAGUAGAGUUAAUAACAGCAUUUUGAGUACAAGUACUUUAAAUUCAGAAGCCGUAUUAGCUGGAGGUUUUGGCCCAGUGAAUAAAAAGGGCUAUGGAAUUGGUUAUACAAUAAUGAGUGAUUAUCUAGGAGCUGUUAUUUCAAAUUAUAAGCAGAAUACAAAUGGCAAUGAAUUUGCUGUGUGCCUUAAAUCAUCAUUUGAUGAUAUUCAUGAAAUCCUUAAUAAAACUGUUUGA